AAUGAGGUGUCACGGAUAGGUGGCACUGACUGGUAUCACUGCUGGGGACUGACUGGCGGCACUGCUAGGCAUUGACUGGUGCAACUGCUGGGCACUGACUGGCAGCACUACUGGGCUGCACUGAUGGGCACUGGUGGGUGGCACAGGUGGGUGGCACUGGUGGGCACAUGUGGGUGGGCACAGGUGGGUGGCACUGCUGGGCACAGGUAGGUGGCACUGCUGGGUGUCACAGGUGGGUGUACUGCUGGGCACAGGUGGGCGCACUGCUGGGCACAGGUGGGCGGAACUGGUGGUGGGUGGCACUGCUGGGCACCGAUCAUCAAGGCACUGAUCAUCAGUGCCCUGAUGAUUGGUGUCGAUCCCUGCUCUGACAACUGCCGGUUCUCAGCAGUACUUUCCUCACGCUCUGACAGCGUGAGGAAACGUGUCAUUGGACACGGCUGAUCAC